CGUAUAAAAAAUAUAAUUACGUCCUAAAAGCUACAGCCACCAUUAGAACUUGGAGUCAAACAGGCAACAAUUUCAACGAUAACCUAUGGACAAUCUCGAGUAGAAUGAUGGCAAGAAGGUGUAGUCCUCCAGGUCCGACUAUUCAUGGCUUUGAGAGCUUAAAUCGAUUUUUGCAUUUUGUUAAAUUACUGCACAAUGUGGUAUGGUGCAACAUUGGAUGCCCAGUUUGGUAACAUAGUGCACAUUUGGUGCAGAGAGAGAAACCGACCAAUGCUGUCGUUGCCUUCCAAGCUUCAAAUUCAAGUCCUUGGACGCAUAUGCGGCGGUUUAUAGCCGAUACGGAGAUGGAGUAGAGAGGAGAGGCUGCACGUAUGGUGAUUUCGGUUCACAAUCCGUGUGGAUGUAUGAGACUUCUUCAUUGAAAUCAACCGUAGGGGAAAGUAUCGUUCAAGAGAAAACGAGGAUGUGUUUUCCUACUGGGUGAAUUUGAUAUUCAUGGGGGGGAAACUCACCCAGUCCUACUUUUCCAAAAGCCUUCUUGAAGCACAUGGGAAAGAUGUGUGUAGGGGAGUACAGGAGCAUGGCUGACCGUCUGGACUAUUUCAGCGAAGCUCGGUCCAGACAAGAAUCGGCUUCCUAGCCGUCACUUCUCGACCAGAGCCCAAGCCCCUCUCUGACACACUCCUGCUUCACCAGCUACUCUCUCCCUGAAAUCAAUGCUACAUUAUUUAUAUCAUGGGAUGCGUCAAAUCCAAGAAGAGCGAUCUGACCCAGUACACCAACUCGGUGGAGAAGGUGGAUGGCAAGCCUGGGAAGCGACAGGGCGAGAAUCCGCUGCUGGUCCACUUGGAGAAAGGGUCAGGGGAAGACUCUGCCCGGGUGGACCCCAUCCUGCUGGAGUAUGCCCAGCGGCUGUCGGAGGAGAUAGUGGCUCGGGCAGUGCAGCAGUGGGUGGAGGUGGACAACCGCUACAGUGACAUCCCCUACAUUGAGUGUGACGUGCCAUGA